GAUCUCCGCGCAAUCCUGAUCUGCACUUCUCCUAUAUAAAGACCGAGUUGCAUCGAUACUGCACGCCACAAUCAUUUGCUUUUGCGAGUACUGAUCUCAGCAGCGCCAAGCAAAAUCCCCUACCAACCACCAUGAAGGUCUUCCUCGUCUUUUCCGCCCUCGCCGCCGUCGCUUUGGCCAAGCCCGGCGUUUUCCACGGAGGACUUCCCGUCGCCUACGCUCACGUCGUUCCCGGCGCUCCCAUCGGACCCGACGGACGCGUCGUCGACACCCCCGAGGUCGCUGUCGCCAAGGCCGCCCACACCGCCGCCCACAUAAACGAGAAGGUCACCCUGGCGAACGAGGCCGUCAAGUCGGCGGACGUCGUCGCCGUCGCUGCUCCCGACGUCGUUUCCGUCUACUCGGCACCCGCGGUUCUUUCCGCCGCCUACGGCGCUCCCGUGGGAUACGCUCGCGUCGUUCCAGGCGCUCCCAUCGGACCCGACGGACGCGUCGUCGACACCCCCGAAGUCGCCGUCGCCAAGGCCGCGCACACCGCCGCCCACAUAAACGAGAAGGUGACCCUGGUGAACGAGGCCGCCAAGAACUUCGCCGCCCCCGCCGUCGUCCCCGCUUACGGCGUUUACCCCGCCGCCCCCGCCCUCGCGUAUUCCAAAUACGUUUUGUAAGCUCGCGUUUCAACCUGUCCCGAACCCCAAAACCUACUCCCUGAUCUUCGCAAUGCAAUAAAUGUAAAAAAAUCAUAA